UUCUACUCGUCUUCCCCGCCGUCUCGUCCGCUCUUUCUCUCAGUCAUGAGCGGCUUCCGGUUUUUGAACCUCGUCCGUCCGUUCCUGCCGAUCCUGCCAGAGGUCUCCUCGCCCGACCGCAAAGUUCCCUUUAACCAGAAAGUACUAUGGACGGCCGUCACGCUCCUCAUCUUCUUGGUCUGCUCCCAGGUCCCGCUCUACGGCAUCAUGUCCUCCGACUCGUCUGACCCGCUCUACUGGAUGCGUGUCAUCCUCGCCUCUAACCGUGGAACGCUCAUGGAACUCGGUAUCUCACCCAUCGUCACCUCCGGGAUGAUCAUGCAACUUCUUGCCGGUGCGAACUUGAUCGAGGUCGACUUUUCACUCAAGGAGGACAGGGCUCUGUUCAGCGGUGCUCAGAAACUCUUUGCCAUGAUCAUCUCUCUCGGCCAAGCAACCGUCUACGUGCUCACCGGUCUCUACGGCCAACCCCGCGACAUCGGCGCCGGCGUCUGUCUUCUCCUCAUCAUCCAACUCGUCGCCGCAGCCCUCAUCGUCAUUCUCCUCGACGAACUCCUCCAAAAAGGAUACGGUCUCGGCUCCGGCAUCUCCCUCUUCAUCGCCACCAACAUCUGCGAAUCCAUCGUCUGGAAGGCCUUCUCGCCUACCACGAUCAACACCGGCCGUGGCCCCGAGUUCGAGGGCGCUAUCGUCAGCUUGUUCCACCUUUUGUUCACUUGGAACGACAAGGGCCGUGCGCUGAGGGAGGCGUUCUGGAGGGAGAGGUUGCCGAAUGUUAUGAAUUUGAUUGCGACGGUCGUGGUUUUCGCUGUGGUUAUCUACUUGCAAGGGUUCAGGUUGGAGAUCCCAGUGAAGAGCAACAGGUUCAGGGGACAGAGAGGGUCAUAUCCCGUCAAGUUGUUCUACACUUCGAACAUGCCCAUCAUGCUCGAGUCUGCGCUCACGUCCAACGUCUUCAUCGUCUCGCAAAUGCUCGCCUCGCGUUUCCCCGAUAACCUCUUCGUUAAGCUCCUUGGUACUUGGGAGCCUAUGCAAGAUUCGCCCCAGCUCGCCGCCGUCUCCGGUAUCGCGUACUACAUGUCGCCACCGCACACCCUCUCCGCCGCCCUUACCGAUCCUAUCCACACCGUCAUCUACAUCGCCUUCAUGGUCACCGCCUGUGCCGCAUUCUCCAAGACCUGGAUCGAAGUCUCCGGCUCCGGUCCUCGCGAUAUUGCCAAGCAGUUGAAGGAUCAACAAAUGGUCAUGGCCGGCCACCGUGAAGGGUCCAUGUACAAGGAGCUGAAGCGCGUCAUCCCCACCGCCGCCGCGUUCGGAGGAGCCAUCCUCGGCCUCUUGUCUGUCUCGGCAGACCUUAUGGGUGCGAUUGGAAGCGGGACGGGUAUCCUGAUGGCUGUCACCAUCAUUUACAGCUACUGGGAGAUCGGCAUGAGGGAAUCGGGUGGGCCUGAGAUGCAGGCACUCGGGGACUUCAUCUAAACCUGUUCCAACUCUCCUUUUACGGCCUUUCGUGCACGGACUCGCAUCGCUCAGAGGCGGUCGGGCCGAUGUACGACGGUUGGGGUAGCGGACGGUCUUGUGGUGGGACGGAUGGGUUUGUGCUCGGUGGCUUGGACGAAGGGGCUCAAAAAUAACUUAAGUUCGUGUGAUUAGGAUUGGUUGGCUGGUUGGCUGGUUGGCUGGGUGCCGUGGGUUUGUUACGAUUGGUCUCGGGCCGCUUGAUUGCGGUUCCGAGGGUGGAUUGUUGACGUUGAGUACUGGGUGGAUGUGGAGUGUGAAAAGUAAUGGAACUCUCUUUUUU